CCACCUGUCCUCCACAGCUGGAGGACAGACGGUCUCAGGAUGCCCCUGUUCUUCAGGAAGAAGAAGCCCAGCGAGGACUCUCAGAAGAGGCUGGAGCAUCAGCUGUGCCGGUCUAAGGAGGUUGGAGCUGAUGACAUCCUGGACGUCUCAAGCUGUGAGCUGUCCGAGAGUCUGACCCUGGAUGCAGCAGACAUGCUCUUCCCUCCUGCUCCUGUGUGUUCUGAUGGAACUGAGAGCAUCCAGCGCUUCCUGUGCAGUGAGCUGGGGGAGGAGUACUGCCCCCCCUCACAGUACCUGCUGCCGGUUCUGGAGAGUGACGGAAGCAAACAGAACUCUGACUGUGUGGAUGGACUGGAGGAGGCCUGGAAGAAUAAAUUCAGUGAUUAUGAGAAGAGAAAGGAGCAGAAGCAGCAGGAGAAGCUGGCCUUUGAGCGCCACCUGGUGGAGAAGCAGAAGGAGCACACCCAGCUGCUCCUCAUGAACAACUACCACAAGGAGAACAUCCUGAUCUCGGUCCGACAGGAGCAGGAGCGAGCAGACCUGGGCUUCAGCCAGCAGCAGAGAGCCCAGGAGGCCGAGAGGCAGCUGGUUCUGGAGAAGGUCCGACAGGCCGAGGACAGCAUCAGCAGCAGGAUCAGCAGCUUGUUGAUGGACAGCAGCAGGCAGAAGAAGAGCGCAGAGUUCCUGCAGGCCAUGGAGGAGGACCGGAUCCGUGUGGAGCAGCUGACAGCCAUCACACAGGAAGAGGCUGACUCUCUGAGGAAGAGGGACGUAGCAGCUGCCAUGCAGAAGAUGUUGCUGGACAGCAACGCCAUGAGCCUCCUGCAGGAGGUCAACGACUGUCGCAGACAGAGCCUGGUCUCUGAGGCCUGCAGGAGCAUGGAGACGCUGGACAGGAAGUUUGACAGGAUGCUGUCCCUCCAAGUCUUGGACAAGUCCAAAGCCAUCGCUCAGAUCCUGCAGGAGGAGGAGAUGCAGAAAGCAGCCUUCCAGGUUCUACAGCUGCAGAAAGACGCUGUCCACGGAUACAUCCGGAACCAGAUCAGGCUCAUUGAAGGAGAACUAAUGCAGGUGACUAAACUGGAGAUUAAAAGACGUGAUCUGGACUCUGAGAACCUGCAGGAGGUUCUGGUGGAGCAGCGCACAGCUCUCAGUGACUUGUUGCAGCAGCUGCUGAAGCAGAGAGACCAGAGGGAGCAGGAGCUGCGGCAGGUUCUGGUGGAGAUGGAGAAGAAGUCCGACUCCAACCAGCAGAACUACUGGAUGAUUCAGUACCAGAGGCUGCUGGACGCCAAACCUCUGUCUCUCCGCAUGCAGGAAGCAGGUGUGGAGAAAGAACUGGUCCACCUGCUGUGCAGACUGUCGGCCCAACACUGCCUGCCCAUCCUGGCCCAUCAUCGCAUCACCACCGAGGCGCUCUGCCACAUGACCGCCUCCGACCUCAAGAAGGUGGGCAUUAAUGAGAGCGGGGUCCAGAAGGCUCUUCUGAGCUGGGCCCGGGAGCGCCAGCCUGCAGCUGGAACGUCUAAAACUGUGGAACAGGAAGAAGUCCUCCCCCCUCCAUCUUUACCCAGCACCUCCGUCAUACAGACUCCCAGCCCACCUCGCUCCCCCAGGACCCCCGGGACCCCCGUCACCCCAUCAGCUCCCAUGCCUGUGGAGGGACCAGGAAGCUCCGAGUGCGUGGUCUGCAUGGAGACCGGGUCUCAGCUCAUCUUCCUGCCGUGCGGUCACGUCUGCUGCUGUCAGGUUUGCAGCGACGCUCUGCAGAACUGCCCGCUGUGCCGCAGCAACAUUUCCCAACGCAUCCGGCUCUACCAGAACUAGACCGGACCGGACCGGACCGGACCGGACCUCCGUGGACCAGACCCUCCCUGUAUUUAUGCAUGAUCCUGAUGCUGCUGUGAGUGAACAUCAUAAAGGAAACAUUUAAAGCGCUGAGCCACUUUCAUGUAUUAAACUAAUCUUUUUACUGGUGUUUCUAAAUGUUUUUGUUUGUUUGUUUGUUUGUUUGUUUAUUUUUUAAACGCUGACGUCUCCCCUCACUGCUUUAAUCCAUCACCAAUAACUUGUGCCUUUGUUUUUAUGUUGGGGCUGAAUGUAGCAGCACAGCUGGAUUUUAGCUCCGUUUUUAUCAUGUUUGUGUUGAAAUGUGAAAGUAAAAUAUUUGUAAAGACGUGAGUAAAAAGCAGCUGAUGUUAAACAUCAGGA